CGGACAUUUCAAAUCCAGCCCCGGCCCCGAGCCCUCGUCCGUCCCCGCCUUCGGCUUCUGCAUUCUUCAGCUCGCCGCAGGGAUCAGACUACAACCGACCGCCGUUUUGAGGUCUGAAGCGCGAACGAGGUAAUCAUGGCCUGGCCAAACUAUCACUUCCUCGACCCGUCACCGGCCGAGAAACAGGUCCGCCGCCAGACCCUCGACAAGUAUGCCCUCUACGCCCAGCUCUCGGCGCUGGUUCUUGUUGCUUUCGUUCUGCUGUCCCGACUCGGUGAGUGGCGGACAAAAGGGAAGGGCUCAUCCAGGGGCGACUAUGAUGCCGUCCCGAGCUCUCCCGUUUUGAAAGAGCGGCGUAACAGCGGCCUGGAGGUCUGGAACUCUCGGGCUCGCAGGGUACGCUGGUGGCUGGGUGAGGAUGUUGUGGUGGCCGGGAUGGUUCUGGGUCAGCGUGAUCAGUGGGUUGCUGGGAUUUCGUGGACUGCCUGGCUUCUGCUACUUUGUGUGCUGCAGACAGGGGAAGAUUACCUGCACCUGACAAAACGGCUCGGCAUCGUCGCCGUCUCGCAAUAUCCCCUCCAGUAUCUCCUGGCGCUCAAGUCCCUCAAUCCCGUCGCCUACAUCCUCCAGUCCUCUCACGAGCAGGUUAACCGUUGGCACCGAGUACUGGCACGUGUGACGACCACGCUGUUAUGUCUUCAUGUGGCCUUGUACUUGAACUUUUUCGUCCAAACCGACCGGCUCCACCGGCUAGGUGACCCUGUCGUCUUUGCUGGGCUCAUGGCCUUAUUUGGCCUAAGUCUCCUGCUGUCGACAUCCUUGCGGCCAAUUCGCCGGUAUUCCUACCGGCUAUUCUUCAUCAUCCACGUGGUUGUAGGUACUAUGAUGCCUCUGAUGGUUAUCACUCACGCCGCUCCGACCAAGGCUUUCCUGCUUGAGGCGCUGGCUGUGUUCUUCCUUGAUCUGGGUGCCCGAAAGUUCGAUACCGUCAUCGCGCAGGCGACCAUGCAAUCCAUUCCGGGUACAGAUCUCAUCAAGAUCUCGGCCAGCAUCCCACGCUCGAAGGUCAACCGCUUCCGCGGACAUCCAGGUUCCCACAUCUAUCUCAGCAUUCCGGCGGCGGCUCGUAGAUCCAUGAGUGCCACCUCCAUCUCGCACCUGCUGUUCGAAUUGCUUUUCAACCCCUUUACCGUGGCUGCAGUGGACGAGGAUACGGGAGAUCUCACGAUGGUCGCACGCCAUUGUGGCGGCCCUAUGACGAAGGCCUUAAGGCAGUUGGCGGGUGCGGCAAGCGACGACUUGGAUCAAGACAGAAUCCCCCUGUCUAUUGAAGGCCCCUACGGAGCGGCUAGUCGCUUCCCGCAGUUAUGCGCCGAGUUCGACCGGGUAUUACUUGUUGCCGGCGGCGUCGGUGCAACUUUCACGCUACCCCUAUACCGCUCCAUCACCAGCGAAAACCCCGGGGCAAAGGUCGAGAUGGUGUGGGCCAUCCGAGCCUCAGGGGAUGCUACCUGGGCUGUCACUGGGAAGGAAGCCCAAACUCUACUGAAAGAUGACAAUAUCCAUAUAUUCAUCACUAGGGACAUGGUUAACCCGGAAGGGCCAGAUCUUCUAAGGCGGGAGUGGACUCAUGAUCGCAGGGCGGAUGGGAGCCGGGUUGAUGACGACGGCGAGGGUGAGGUAGAAAUGAGCGCCAUGUACCAUGAUUGCCGACGAGGGCAGUAUACAACUCAGCACAACCGGAAGCGGCCAGACCUGAAACAAAUCGUCGACAACCUAUUCCGGCACGGACAUGAGGAGAGGGUUGCGGUGCUCGUAUGCGGCCCGAAUGAGAUGGCCAGAGAACUAAGGGAAUAUGUCGGUGCCUGGGUCAAGAGGGGCCGGCCAGUCUUGUGGCAUAAAGAGGGAUUUGGGUUCUAGGAGGAAGCGUAACGACAUAAUCAAUGAUCAU